GUUAUUUAUUUUUUUAGCAAAGAAGUGCUGGCAUUGCUAAAAUGUCUCAUGAGUCAGAAAAGAAAGCCUUGCAGAAGUCUAGACUAUGGCUUUAUAAUGCACCACUUUGAGAAAUAUACAGCUUUUCUGCCCACAAGGAGACAGAAAAAGAAGAAAGGAAAGCCACCUGCAUUUGUAUUCACCAUUUUCAGAUAGGAACAACGAGCUUUUCCACUCAGUUCUGUGGUCUGUCCGUAGCUGUGUACCUCUACGUAGGUACAUGUCCACAUGUUAACAUAGAAUGAUAGAAUGGUUUGAGUUGAGGGGACCACCACAGGCCGUCAGGUCCCACUGCCUGCAGUGCACGGGGACACCCACAGCUCCAUCAGUGCUCACAGCCCUGUCCCCUGACCUACCUAAAUCGCCCCCGUUCUAUCUAGAGACCAUUUCCCCUUCUCCUGUCACACAGACCCUGCUGAGGGGUUCGUCCCUUCUUUCUUACAGCCCCUCUGGAUCCUGAACGGCUCUCUCAGCCUGUUCUCGGAGGGCAGGUGUUCCAUCCCUUGCCUCAGUUUUGUGGCCCUCCUCUGCGCGUCUCGACGUGUCGAUAGUCGUCCGUGUGUCCGUCUCUGCGUGUCUACGUCCAUGCUUGUGUGUUUGUGGCCGUAUGCAUCCGGCUGAGUCCGUGCACCGCCCCGCACAGCCCUCCGGCGCGCACCCGCGGCCCUACCGCUCCCGCGCAGGGCUGCGAAGGGCUAUAGCACAAAGAUCGCGGCGGUCUUCUCCCCGCCCUCCCCUAAGGGAAGAAAAGAUGCGCCGCAUCUGCGCGCUCCCGUCUGCCGGCAGACGGCCCCCGGGGCCGCCCGGCUGGCACGGCCGCGGGGCUGCAGGGCUCCGCGGGGUCCCCUCCGCGGCCGCGGGGGAAGGCAGAGGGGCACGGGGGGAUGCCGAGAGCUCGGCACGGCCGGCGGGGCGCUGACGGAGCCGUGCGAGGUUCGCCCGCGGUCCUGCCCCCGAGGAGCGCUCCGCGGAGCCCCUCUGCGGGCGGCACAGCCCGAACCCGUCGGUGUCAAACGUAAAAGCAGCCGCGCCGCGGUUCCGCGCUGCAGCGGGGAGCAGCAGGUUGGGAUGUUGGUUUCUAUCCUUUCCUGUCACAUGGCUGGUAAUAGGAUCCCUCAUCUGCCACUCGGCACCUCGCUGGGGCGCACUUACAGGACACAUGCUGUAGGGCCUCCGCUUCCCGCACUUCGCGCUCCUCCCGGCCGCCCGCGACCAGCUCCGCUCCGGAACGCGGUGCGGCCCCGGCCCAUGGAGCCGCCCGCUCUCGCCGCCGUCGUGGCCUUUUCGGGACUGGCGCUGAGCUGCUGCCGCGAGCCCGGCGUGUCCGAAUGUUAUACAGCAAAUGGGGCUGAUUACCGUGGCACUCAGAACCAGACCUCCCAACACGCAGGGAAACCUUGUCUCUUUUGGAAUGAGACCUUUGAACAUCCUUAUAAUACUUUGAAAUAUCCCAAUGGGGAAGGAGGGCUUGGUGAGCACAACUACUGCAGGAACCCUGAUGGAGAUGUCAGCCCAUGGUGCUACAUUGCAGAGCACGAGGAUGGAAUAUAUUGGAAAUAUUGUGAGAUUCCAUCCUGCCGAAUGCCGGGGAAUCUGGGGUGUUACAAGGAUCAUGGAGAGCCACCAACUUUGACUGGCACCAGUGAAACCUCCAAUAAACUUACUAUCCAGGCGUGCAUCAGUUCCUGCCGAAGUCAACAAUUUAAGUUUGCAGGCAUGGAAUCAGGUUAUGCCUGUUUCUGUGGAAAUAACCCUGACUACUGGAGAUACGGGGAAGCAGCCAGUACGGAAUGCAACAGUGUUUGCUUUGGAGACCAUACUCAGCCUUGUGGUGGGGAUGGCAGAGUCAUUCUUUUCGACACCCUUAUUGGUGCCUGUGGAGGGAAUUACACUUCUGCUACAGCUGUCAUCUAUUCUCCAGAUUUUCCUGACACAUAUGGCACAGGCAAAGUCUGUUACUGGACCAUACAAGUCCCAGGAGCAUCUCAAAUCCUCUUCAGCUUUGUCCUUUUUGAAAUCAAAGAUGCUACAGACAUGGUGGAAUUGCUGGACGGCUACACGUAUCAUGUUCUAGCUCGUUUUAAUGGGAAGAAUCGGCCUCCCCACACCUUUAACAUCUCUCUGGAUUUUGUUAUCUUGUACUUUUUCUCAGAUGAAAUCAACCAAGCGCAGGGAUUCGCUAUCAGAUACAGAGCUGUGAAGGACAACGUGCAUCAAAACAAGAUUGCAGUGAAUCAGACUCUUUCAGAGAAGAGAAACGAACACACAAAUUUCAGCAUCAACGCAGCUCGGUCAUCAAAGAUACUUUAUGUCAUCACGACCAGUCCAAGCCAUCCCAGCAGCUCCAUGCCUGAGUGGACAAUAUACAGCCUCACGGCACUGCUCAUCCUAAGCGUUACAGCCAUAUUGGCCAAGAUACUUCUCCACGUCGCCAUGAAAUCCCAUCAGAUCCCACCUGCAAAUGAAACAGAAGAUUCCAAUGAUGUUACUGCUGCUGGAGAGAUCUGGAGUAUAUUCUAUCGGCCAUCCACGUCAAUAUCCAUCUUCAAGAAGCAGCUUCGAAGCCAACAAGACGAUUGCAAUCCACUAGUGGGAGACUGAAGUGUCUUUUAUUUUACAGGAAGCAAUCUUCUUAAAAUCCAGGUGAUUUGGGAAUAAUCCUUUGUUUUUCCCUCCCACUCUCAUACUUGUCUUCCAGAAAGUCAAUUCCCAAAGUCCUUGGCGUGACUUUGUCUAUCUGCUGUUCUCUUUUGUAUGCUAGUGGCAAUGGAUUUAAGUGAUGCAAUAAUUUUCAGAUAUCUGGAGCUCAUCAAA